AUCGCAGGACGACCGGACGUUAAUCCGAAAGCCAGCCUCCGGCGCGUAGAGCACUUCGUGAGAGACUCGAAUGGAGUAUCAGUGGUACACGGCGGUACGGAUAUGAGCCGCUCGGAAUUCUGGCAGAUGUUCGACUCAUCGCUCUAUGAAUGGCUUCGAGUGAAGUAUAACUGUAAAGAGGCGUUCCUCGACGUCUACGACAAAGUGCGCUCCAUAGCACAAACCUGCUGA